AAUCUCACUAAAACAGGGGGGAAGUGGAAGUGGCCGACAUUCGGUUCGUAACGUCAGCGUUCGUGUCACUUGUUCCCUGCGCACAAAUAGUCAGUAGAGUCGAUGCUUAUGUGCCGAUGUUGAAAACGUGAUUUUAGUACAAAAUGUUUAAAGUUUUCCGAUUAUUAAAGUGAGUUAUAUUUUACUGAAAAUCACAUCAAAUGUUUCCUAAUUUCUAGUAUAGUGUAUUAAUUAUAGUAUUUUAGUGUAGUGUACAGUGUGUCCCCAAGGUUUACCUAUACAAAAAUGUCUGACGAGGACUACAAUAAAAAGAUGGAAGGGUUACAAAAAUAUAUUCCAUUUCUGGAAAAUAUGAUAAUUCAACUUAAAGAUCCCAAUAAAAAGAACAGAGAACAACAGCUUAAUAAAAUGGAAUCUUUAUAUGCAAUGAUUACAGAUAAGAAGAAAAAACUAAAAGUCGAGACCUUAAAUAAAUGUGAGGACGUUAUCUCGAAAUUGUACAUAAAAGUGAACCACAAAUCUAUUGAAUCAGAUAAUGAGACUACCAGAACGAUUAGUAUAAGCCCUAGUUUUUCAGAUAAUUCCACAGCUUCUUCGAUACCAUCGGAAAGAGUACUCAACGACAAAGGAGAUGAUUACACUAGCAAAAGGGAAGGCGAAAGAAGCUUAAAAUCAGAUGAGCAGAAAAGAAAUCUUUCUAGGGGGAAAACCACUGAAAUUUCAAAACCUCCCAUUAGUCUUGACGAUUUAAAGUGUUUGGAGGUUGACGUGCAAGAAAAAAUAAAUGAGGCAGCUAGUUUAAAAGAAUUAACUGAGAAACGAAACAAAAUUGCCACAGAAUUGAUGUUUGAAAACAUAAAAUCAAUGAAUAAGGACAAAAAACAUGAUUCUAAAAAGAGCCGCUCAAAGUCUGAUCAUAAUAUCAAAUUAGAUAGGGAUGUACGAGCUUCUUCAAAUGAACGGCAUUCAAAGAAAUCGAAAGAACCUGCUGUACCGAAGGUACCUUCAAAAAUUGUAAAAGAAGUAACCAGUGGCUUUGCUAGUACUUUAUCAGACAUUGAUGACAAAAUCAAAGAAGUGAAUAGAAAGCGGGAGGAACGUAGUAGUGGCUUUGGUAGUACUGUAUCAGAUAUUGAUGACAAAAUCAAAGAAGUGAAUAGAAAGCGGGAAGAACGUAGUAGUGGUUUUGGUAGUACUUUAUCAGAUAUUGAUGAUAAAAUCAAAGAAGUUAAUAGAAAGCGGGAAGAACGUAGUAGUGGCUUUGGUAGUACUUUAUCAGAUAUGGAUGAUAAAAUCAGAGAACUGAAUAGAAAGCGGGAGGAACGUAGUAGUGGCUUUGCUAGUACUUUAUCAGACAUUGAUGAUAAAAUCAGAGAAGUGAAUAGAAAGCGGGAAGAACGUAGAAACGCGUACUUAAAAGAUGAAAAGAAUAAAACACAAGUACAAAAAUUGAAGGAACAAACGGAAAAGGAAGGAAACCGUACAUCAGAAAGCAACAAUUAUAACAAAGAUGUUAAGAAUUUAAUUAAAUUUGAAAUUAAACGUUUGGAAGAUCCCCGAAUUAAACAUUUGGCAAAUCCUCUUAAACAAGAAGCCUCAAAAACUAAUGCGAAUAAUUUGAAAGAUUCUAAAACUGAACAUGAAGUAGACACCGCUAGUCUCAAAAGGUUGGCUGAAAAGUAUAGUCAGAAACCCCGAAUUGCAGAUGAGGUUGAUAAAAGUAUUACUAAGAGUAUUGAACAAAGUAUGAAAUUGUCGCCUCAAAUAUCGCCCGUAAUAUAUCGGCUGUCAGAUCCACCGCCUCCUCCACCAGCUAGUCUUGUAAAAUGUUCACAGUUGGAACCACAACUUCCGCCAUUCAAACCUCCUCUACCUACGUUAACACAUAAUCCAGUUUUAAGGGGAAGUCACCCCACAGCACGGACUCAUCCUCAAGGUCCAAAUAUUCUGUUAUCCCCCAGAGAAAAUUUUUUAUCUCAUCCAAGUCCCUCUCCACUUAUGUCACCAAGGGAGACUUUUGCUUCAAAUACUCAAUUGGCUUCACCAAGAGAUAAUUUCCAUGCAAAUUCAUCUGUUCCUAUGUCCCCAAGAGAUAAUUUCCAUGCACAUUCAUCUGUUCCUAUGUCCCCAAGAGAUAAUUUUCAUGCAAAUUCAUCUGUACCUAUGUCUCCAAGAGAUAAUUUUCAUGGAAAUUCAUCUGUACCUAUGUCCCCAAGAGAUAGUUUUCUUUCUCCAAGGGAGACUGUCAGUAUAUCCCCUAGAGACAAUUUUGUUUCUGAGUAUGUCAGAGAGGAGUUCAAUUCUAGACGGCCUCGCGUUGAUCAGACCUCUCCAAUUAUGUCUCCAAAUAAUGUACACGUUACACCUAAUAUGCCGCAGAGGUAUAAUCAACCAUUUAAUAAUUUUAAUCAAAUGGAACCACCUCGGUUGGAUUACUAUCCUCAAAACAUAUGUCCCUCUCCUCAGUAUAACCAUAUUCCACCACUAUUAUCAGCGGAUGCUUCUCAUUACCAAGACCAGAAGCCGUUUCAAAAUGUAAAUCCGUAUGGCGUCGUUAAUAGAGAACCGUAUGCACCCAACGAUUUAAGAUGGAGGAUAGGUGAUAACAGACAUUGGGAAAGAAGAGAUUUUAAACCUAGAUUUGGAGGGCCUAUGACAUAUAGAGAACACAGAGAAAUGAGAGAAAAUAGUAGAGAUCCUAGAGUGGUUAGAGAUACAAGGGAGAGAGAUUCAAAAGAUGUCAAAGAUAUUAGAGAUCCUAGACUGAAUAGAGAGGGAUCAGUUAACAGAGAAAAUACUGUUACAAAACAAACCUUGGAUGCAGCUGAAAAGAUUAAUAGGGAUCCAAGACUAAAUAGAGGAAGAUCAUCAAGUCGUGAAGAUUCCAAAUUUGAUCGACUGUAUUCAAGAACAAAUAGGAAUCGAUCACGUUCAAGAUCGAGAUCAUCAACUAGAACGGAAGUGAUUGAAGGUGACACAUUUUCAUCUCCAUUAGAUAGUUUGUAUAACAGUAGAGAAGAACAGAAAUCUGGUAAAGGAUAUGGAGUUCAGAGUUUUAGAAUACCUAAAAAGAAAAAAGAUGAAAAAGAAAAGGCUAAGGAACCAGAGGUCGAAACGAGUAAAGAGACUAUUAGUCAAGAUGAAGAAGGGCAUGAUUAUUCAAAUAAAACUAUUGAUAUAAGUGAUAAUGAAGAAGAUAGUAAAACUUCAGUAAACUGUGUAGAUAACAAAGAAUCUGUUCCCGUAUCGACUUUAAUUGAAACUAAAAUUAAAUCAGAUCCUAAUAAGAACUUAAAUAAAGAGGAGAUACACAACAGUUCGGUGUGUAUCGAUAACGAUGUAUUAGAAGUAACCUCAACCACAAUGGAUAUUUCUUCUCCAGUAUAUAAAGAAGAGGAAUCUCAGCCUUCGGUUAGUGAAGAGCAAACUAAAAGUGAUGUCACUGAUGACAAAAAAGCUGAAAAUAUUUCUAACUCUCAAGAUAGUAAAACUUCGACAAAAAUCGAAGAACCCGUUAAACCUCCCGUCACUGAACAGACAAUACUAGCACAAUUUUUUGCUAAUCUCCUAGGAAGCCAAAAUAAGAAAGAAAAGAAGACUGCCUUAUAUUCUCUAAUUAGUACAUUCUCCGACAGUUUUAGUCCAAAGGAAUUGGGCAAAAUAACUAAAAUUAUUCAUGCCAAAGAAGAGGAUCAAGACAGUUCUGAUGAAGAACUUUCCCAAAAGCCAAGUGUAUCUAAUACCGAGGAGGGUAAUUCCCAAAAAGAAGCAGUGGAAGAAGAUAAGGUAACACAAGAGCAGAAUGCAGAUGACACCGCAGAUGAAAAGAUUAUUCCCAAACGUAAAUUAAGGCAGAGAAAAACUCCAUCUUCAGUUAAACAAAAUAUUGUUGAAGAAAAUAUUGGAGAACAAAAUAUUGGUGAGCAAAAUACUAGCGAAAUUGAAGUUGACAAUGAUGUAUCAUUAAGUGAAAACGUUUUAAGUAGCGAAAACCUUUUAGAAAAGACAGGAGAUCAGUUGGACAAAGAAAGUGGGGUAUUGGUUAGCGUAGGGGAAAGAACAAAAUCAAGAAAACGAACUGCAACGUUAGGAAAUAAGGCUAGAAAAAAGGCUAGAUCUGAAUUGGAUAAGCUUCAUGACGAUAUCCAAGAAAUGUUUAUUAGAGAUGGUGUUUUAACUGCAUCUGGUAAGCGUAUGUGUCAUAUGUUAAAAGACGAUAAGUUUGCGAUGAAUUCAGAAAACGUUGAAUGUAAUGCAGAAGAAAUAGUCACCAAACCAGGUAAAAAACCUCAGCCGAAAAAUAAAAAUCAAAAUAAAAAAAAGACUGAAACUGAACUUAAAACUAUGAAACAUAUAAGGGUAAUUAUACAGAAAAUACCUGAUACAAGUGUUGAUGAAUCUGAGGCAUCGAGACGUUUCACUAGAAGUAUGACAGUUACAGAAAGCGAUGAUGAAUCUUCUAUAAGUACUGGGGUAUCAAUGUCAAACAGAAAUUCAGAUAUCGAAGAUGCAGACAGUCGUUCUGAUAAAGAGGAUGAUAAUUUAUCUACAGGUGACAGUCAUAAGUUAAAAUCAUCAAAACGAAAACGACCGAGAAGUAAUUGGGCGGCAGGUAUAAUUAAAAAAAAGAAAAAGAAACAAAACUUGGAUGAAUUAACGAAGUUGAAAUUACCUGAAAUUGAAAUAUCUCCAAACGAAUCAUUACUUCCCACAAAGGAAUUAUUACUCCCCACAAAGGAAUUAUUACUCCCCACAAAGGAAUUUUGGAUAGAUUUUUCGUUACAGAAAAAGUUCUACAGUUGUAAAUUGUGCAAUUUUCAGGGCAGGUAUAUAACAACACACUACAAAGUAGAACAUCCAGAUUCCGAAGUAUUAAGUGCUAGAUUUAGUCCAGCUCUGGCUGAUGAAGCAAUAGCUGAUGCCCAAAUGAAUAUGGAGAAAUACGAUAAAUAUCAAGUGGUAAAAAGUACAAAGAUCUCAUAUGUAUGUCGUUUUUGUAAAUUUACUACAACUGUUUUGCCUACGCAAUUUUAUGAUCAUUUAACAACCCACACCGGCGAAUACAGACACGUUUGCACACAUUGUCCUGUUUCAUUUUGCACUAGUAAAUCAUUUAAAGCACACGUAAAUAGUAAUCACCAAGGUGCAGAUGACAAACCUGUAGUUCGAAAGGUUUUUAAUGAUGUAAUCAUAUUUGGAUACUUGUGUGCUGAGUGUAACUAUGUCCAAACUAACAAACAAACAAUAGAGCAGCAUAUAAAGAAGUAUCAUUCAGGUGAAACUCCCAUACAUAAAAUUAAUCUGUCUACUAUUUUUGACAAACAAAUUGAAAAGUUUUGCGAACCAAAAAAGUCAAUAGAGGAAAAUAGUAGCAGUAGUACAAUAGUACAUAAUAUAAAUGAUGCAGAAGCUACUGAAAAUGAUAUGACUUCUAGUGAACUUCCAAGUAGUGAUAUUGCACCUUGGAUGAAAAAAUACAAGUCGAAGCCAGGUCCAAAGCCAAAGAAGAAAGUGGAACGUAGAAAAUCAACUAGUGUCGCUCUUCCUUCAAUUAGUGAACCCCUAGAGGUUACUAAGGCGCCUAACAUUAGACGAGGUAUUAAUUCUGAUAUAGAUCUUGACAAAAUUUUGCCCGUGAGAUCUAAGCGAGCUGCUAAGGAAAAAGCACAGGAAAAAUUAAAAGAAAUAAUGGAAAUGACGGACGUUCCAUCUAAAAAGAAAACGGAUGAAAAGCUUACAAAUGAUAGUUCUGGUGCUAAUGAUAUUUCGGAUAAACCAACAAAGGAUAGUUCUUCCCUUGAUGAUAUUUCGGAUAAACCAACAAAGGAUAGUUCUUCCCUUGAUGAUAUUUCGGAUAAACCAACAAAGGAGAGUUCUUGCCUUAACGAUAUUUCGGAAAAAACAGCAAUGGAUAGUUCUUGCUCUAAUGAUAUUUCGGACAAACCAACUGAUAGCCAAUCUACUAAUAACGAAAAUAUUUCUGUUAACGAAAAAACUAAUCAAAAAGAAGAAAAAGUUUCGCCAGUUAAAAUAAAAGCAGAAGUAAUUAAAAAAGAUCUAGAUAUGAGUAUGUUUACAUCCAAAAUAGAUAUAAAAGAAGAAAAGGAUAAACCCGAACAAGAUCGUCUUUCCAAAAUUGAUGACCUUAAUGUCACACACGAAAACAGAACGUCUUUAAAUUUUGUGGAUAAGGUAUGUGACCGAAUUAAUCUAAGUGAGAUUAGCAUUAAACAGGAGCAACCCGAAGAAUUUAUAGAAAACGUUCAUCAUACUGUAAACGAAAGCCCUAAUACAAUGCCUGUAUUAGAAAAAAUUGUUUUCACUUCGACCCCUGCACCAAAAAUAAAUUCCGAACCUAUUACAGAACAAACCAUUGAAACACCUAAAUCGGCGUUAGGGGUUUCUAAGAAAAAUGAUAACAGUAUAAUUAAUAUACUUGAAAAAUUACAAGGAAGGUCAUCAGACAAUCAUUUUAGCAAUAAUCCAUUUAGCGACGACGAUGCUAAUGAUAAUGAAGAUCCUCCUCCAUUAAUCCACGUCAAUGAAUUAACCGAGUUGAGUCCUUCAAUUAAAGUGUUAGAAGUGUGCGGCUUGAUUAAAGUGAUUAAAACAGAUCAGUUAUCAACAUUUUACUGCCUUGUUGAUCUAUGCUCCUUUUCUACAGAAAACAAAGAUUCAUUUCAGAAACAUUGUAAAGAAAACCAUUUAGCGCUUGAUUUUAAGAAAUCUAACGUGUGUGAAACAUGUGGCGUUGAAAUUAUCUCAUCAUCAGAUGGUAGCUUAUUGGAAAACUUAUUUAAACACACAAUAACAGAUCACUCGGAUUAUAUUUAUAGUGAAGAAGUCAAUGAGAAUAGAACUAGUACUGCACCAAAACCUCAAAUGAUAAGACUUAGAAAAUUAAGUGGUGAUGCUCUAUCCAAUAAUCAAAAUUCUGAGAAAGAGAAGCCCGAUGAAAGUGUAAUUUGCAAUACAGAAAAACAUGUUGGUGUUUCAGAAACAACUAUUAUAAAUGCCAGAGACAUCAAAACUAAUGAAGUAGAGAAUAAUCCAUUCCCAUUCAAAAUUGCCGAGGUUGUAUCACUUGCAGAAACUCCAGAAAAUCCACCACCUCUUACCCCUAUAAAUAAACCAUUGCAGCUUGUUGUUAAAGAAGCCAAAUUAACAUCGACGGAGUUAGCAAAGCCUAGAAAAUCGACAAAAGCUAUUUCCAAGUUUAUUAAAGAAGUGGAAAAAUUGUAUAAGUGUCCACAAUAUUAUUGUUUAUUUAGCUCUGAUUCUGGUGAUGAACUACAGCAACAUGUAAAUACAGUCUGCAGUCGAACUGCAGAUAAAGAUUCGAUGGUUCCUUGUGUUUAUUGUGAUUUGAAAACUCCCUGGGAACAUCUUGUGGUUCAUAUUGAUAUAAGACAUGCAAACUGCAAAUAUGCCUGUCCGUACUGUCUAUAUAGAGCAUGUUUAAAAUCGUAUGUAACUUUGCACCAAGAGAGAGUCCAUCCGUAUCAAAAGUUUUCUGUAUUAACAGUGAAUUCAAAUAAAACUCAAAAGAAAUUUACCAUCACUGAUGCUAAGCUAGAUCCUAAAAUGUUAUGCAAACCAUAUCGGUGUAUACCAGGUUGCAAUUUGGAAUUUUUGUUUGAGAAUGAAUUUUCAGACCAUGUUAAGGAAGCACAUAAGAAUAACUUUUUUACUUGUGGUCAUGAAUCAUGUACCAGUCGAGUAACACAUGCAAAAUUAUUACAACACUGGUCAAUGUCUCAUAACGUAUCUGUAUACCAAUGUGGUUAUUGCACAAGCAAUUCUUGUGAAAUCAAAACGAUGUAUCAUCAUUUGUCAAAUAUACAUCCAAAUCUUUAUCCAGAAAUACUGUUUAGAUUUAUCAGUCCCAAAAUGCCACACAACGUGUUUAAUACUCCUGAAGCAUUUACGAAAAUAAGAAAAAUUGUAAAUAUUACAAACACAAUAUCAGAUAAUACAGAACUGAAGUUAAAAUUACCUAAUAGCCCAAGUUUACUAGUUUCUCCACCUAAAAGUAGCCCAUACGCUGAUUCAAAUAUUAAUUCUGCAGAUGCCAAUAGAUCUCCAGCAUUACCUACAACAUCAAGUCUUAUACCAUCCAAAUCUUCAACACCAUUAACAGAUCCUUUAGAUAUUGACACGUUGAUAGAGAUGCCGUCGCCUACAGCUUUAAGUGAUAAGAAAUUACAAAAUAUAAUGAUUGAAGAAUCCCCAUCAUCCAAGCAGAAACCUUCAGUUGAGCCAAUGCCUGAAACUUCUUUAGAACAAAUUAGUUUCAGUGGGGGAACGCAAGGAGAGAAAUCGAGAGAGUGUGAUGUCGAUCCUUUGGAAUUAGGAGAAUCUGUGAAUUCCCAGAAUUUUGGGGAUAGUUCUGAAGAUGAAAAUGACAAAUCAAAAAAGAAAUUUGGUCUUCUCGGUUACCAAUUAUUCAGAUGUGCAGCUUGUGAGUUCUCUUGUUCUAACUUAAAUGACUUCAAGAAACACAUAGCCAAGUCACUAUUGUGUAAAGAUAAAGAUAAUUCUAACAAGCCAUUUGUAUGCGUCCAUUGUAAGAAAUCUUUUAGAAAUUCCAAUAUUCUUUGUGAUCAUAUACAGUGCCAUGGCAUUCUUCGAUAUUCAUGUUCUCUUUGUGGAAACAAGUUCCCUACGUUUAGACAAGGAAGGGGCCAUAUGAAACAUCGACAUAACGUAAAUCAGACUACACAGACUGUUUUGAAUUCCACUAUUGCUUCAAAUGGGGAAGAAUACAUAAUUAAACCAAAGUUAUUAAUAGCAGAUCCUCCAGCAAAAGAAAACAUUUCAUCUGAACCUUCUUCGCCGAUUUCAACACCAGAACAUGUUUAUAAUCCUGGUGAUAUUAAUAAAAUUCCAAUGCGGUCCAUAUUCAGCUCAGAUCUGAGGUGUGGAACUUGUUCAUAUACUACAAAAGUUAGAACGAAUUUGAUUAGGCACCUGCAGUUCCAUUCGCAGGAAAUAUCGGUGCCAGAUACCGCACCAGUUAAUCCAGUACCGUGCUUAGGAAAGAAUGAAAAAAUGUUUGACAAAAUGGUAAAUUUGGCUUCCAGUUCUCACACAUCCAGCAUGAGGAUGGGUGGCGCUAAGCUUGAUAAAAAAGACGAUGAUAAGUUUCCGGAUUUUGUACCAUCAAGCUCCCGUUAUACUUGCUGUGCCAAAGGUUGUAAUUACAUUUGUCCAGAGGAGGGUAAUCUUCGCCACCAUCUUAUAGCGCUUCAUAGUGAAGAACUUAAAUUUACCUGCGUCCAUUGUAAAAUGAAAUUAAACCAUGCCGAUGCAGAUAAUAUAAUUAAACAUCUUAAACUACAUGGUUUACAACUUUAUAAAUGCCACUAUUGCGAUUUUGUUCACAAUCUGAAACAUAAAAUAGACAGGCAUAUCACGGAAUAUCACAAUGAUCUUGCACUGAAAGUUAUUACUCUAAGAUGCUUAGAAUCAGAACCGAAAGAUAUAGAAGAUGAAGAGAAUGCGCAUCCUGUAUCUACUCCGGUUUCCUCCAAGUUUAGUAAACCUUGGAGAUGUUGCAUGUGUAAAUCCAAAACAGUAACACAAGAUGGUAUUCGAAAUCAUGUCUUGGAAAAGCAUGAUAUUGAUUCUCAAUUUAAAUGCGCUCUUUGCAUAUAUAAGUCCAAUGACUUGAUUACCUUCCCAGGGCAUUAUAAGGAGCACCAUUCGAACCAAGAAGUUAACAUUAUACAGGUGUAUUGUAAGAUCGAAGAGGAAAAUAAAGAUGACAAAGAUACAGAUGUAUUUGACACUACUCCGUUAUGGCAACGAGACCGGCCAAGGGUUAGACAUAUUCGGGGUAUUCUGUUUGACGAAUCUACACCUGUACCUACAAAGAGCCUAAAGAAGGCAACUAAAGGUUCUGCUGUUACUCCUACGAAGAAAAUAACUCAAAUGGAAUCGGCUGUUCCUGUUCAACCGACACCUUCUCUAAAAUCUGACACUGACGAGUUGAUUGAAGAAAUAAACCAGUUAAUAAAAAGGGACUUGGAUGAUGAUGUUAUUAUUAUCGAUGAUGACGAGGUUAGGCCACAAACGAUAACAACCUACAGAAGGAAAACAAUAGAUUCGCCAGAAUUCAAAAAGAUUGAUAUUGAUGAACAUGGUAACGUAGAAAGCUCUAAAAUAGAUGACGACUUUAGCGAACAUAGUUUGCUGGACACAUUCGGCAGCUUCGGACUUCCAUUCCUAAAACAACUAAAGUGUCCCAAGUGUAACAAAUUUAAAUCAAAACGUAUAUCUGAUUUCAUUUUCCAUAUGUUCAAAGAGAAAGAAAUUAACAGAUACGCUUGCAAAAUAUGUUCUGAUGUGAGUGUUACAUACAAAUAUAUGUAUAAACACGUAUUGCAGCACCAACAACAAUUCGAUAUUAAUAAUAUAAUUUCUUUACCGAAAAAUCCAAGAUUAGAAAUAUGGUUACAAAAUUUAAUUAGAAUGCAGUGUAAUAUAAUUGUUCGUAGCUUAGCGGCUCCUAAAGAAAUUUCACCUAAUAGUACACCACACAAAGUCUUGUGCAGAUAUUGUAACAAAUGGUACCGAUCUGAGCAAGAAAGAAAUGAGCAUGCAAUAUUUCAUUGGAAAUGUAUACCAUUUAAAUGUAGCGAAUGCAGUUUUGAAGCGUAUACGCGCACUCACAUGACUCUACAUAUUACUUUACCACAUGGUAGAGGAAAAACUCCUUUUAUAAUUGCAGCUGGUCCAACAGUGGCCGGAGAGCUUCAGUACUCUGAUUUCUUACAUAUGAAAGAAGCUGAAGAGGAAAAGGAAAAAUCCAAAUUGACAACAUCACUUAAUCCUCCAACAAAGGUAAAUCAAACGGCUAUUGCACAAGUUCUAGUACCAGAAGUGGUUCGUCCUGAUAUGAUUGAUGAAUCUGAGCAAGACGGGACAGUCCAAGGAAUGGUUUUUCUGGAUGAAAGUAACGAUAAAGUGUCUGUAGAAGUCGCUGAUGAUCACCACGAGCCCUCAGAUGCUUUAGAUAUAUCAGAUUUGUUAAUAGUCUCCAAAACUGAUACCAACGUUCCCAACGAUGGCGACGUAUUUUGUUGUGAGUAUUGCCCGUACAUGUCCCAUUCUGAAAUGCAAAUAAGGUCACAUAUAUCUGGCCAACACGAUCACAUGCACAUUAAAUUCAAGGUACUGAAUAGACCCCAGUGCGAGAGUAAAAAGGAUGAUUAUGUGGCUUGCACCAUUUGUAAUGAAGUUGGUUCUGAAAUAACUAUUAGAGAACAUCAUUUGGAUGUUCAUGAAGGAGAAACAUUCUUUAUAUAUAGGUAUAUCUGUUGUUGCUGCCAAAAACGGUUUACCAAAUUUCAUGGGAUAAGGAUUCAUUUCAAUCGAAGACAUCCAGGAGUUCAAUUGAAAUGUAAAGAUAUAUUCAACAAGAUACACUAUUUCGAACCCGUGAAAACGAAAGUAUCAGAACCGAGUAUCCGUAAGAAUGUUGCACCGCUUUCCUUAUCAGGUUCGAAAAAAGAAUGGAAACAUUAUAAAUGUUCUUUAUGUAGAUAUGAAAGGGACUUUACUUCCAACGGUAUUGGAAAUGUAAGGACGCACGUGAGAAAUCAUUUCAAGGCUUAUAUAUGUGGCACCUGCGGAAUAAAGUUAAAAUCCAAAACAGAUGGUAGUUUUCAUUAUAAGAAGGAACACCCUAAUGUUGAGGAGAACAUCAUACAUGAUGAAGCUAUUGAAGCUUUAUAUGUCUCGACUAUGGCAACUAUUUGUAAAACAGCAGUAUCUGUACCAGAACCUUCUGCCCGCUCUGUUCCAUCAGCAGUAAUUAAAAAACAUACAGCGAGAAAAUCCACUUCGAAACCUUCAACUCUUCCUAUGGAAGAAUUUAGCUUUUAUGGAAAUACCGUAGAAGAUGUAGACUUAAAUAAAAUUAUGUCAAGUGUGGAAAUUAACGGAAUGCAUCUGGAUAUGUCUGCGGAGAGACUAGGUACUCUUUUCAAUUUACAUCCAUCCCUAAUAUUGGAAAGAUGUGAUGCACAUGUAGAUGAAAGUAAUGAAAUUGUUACAAUCGAGUUAUGACCUACUACACAAGAAGCCGCCGAUUCAUGACUUGAUCUAAAUGCGAUUGAUAUAAUUUUGGAUGAUUUGGGCGCAGACAGUUUAGAAUUAGAUAAUAUUGUACCUUCUGUGGAUACGCUUUUGAAUGAUAGUUUUAAGGAUGACGAAUAUUUUGAUAAUUGGUCAAUGUAAAAGGCAUUCUCAUAGUCAGGUAAAUAAAGUUUGGAUGGCAAAUACAUGUCCAAAAAUAAAAACUGGUUUUUAAAAUUAAUUGUUUAAGUUAAUUUCAUCGAUAUGUAAGUUUCAGAAAGUUCUAAAAAAGGAGGAGUAAUUAAUUUUAGUUGUUAUAUAAUUAGUGCACCUUGAAUGCAACAACUUUUACCUGUGAUGUACGUUAAUAUUUUUCAUUGUUAUAAUUAACCGAGUAAAUAUAGUAUCAAGUUGAUAGUAGGUAUAAUAAGACUUUGUACAUAGAAAUUAUUUGUAUAAUAUAAAAUAAAAUUAAAAUAA